AUUUUAGACGUUCUCUGGCGAAGGAAACGAUGAAUAAAAUACGAAAGAAAUUUGUGUGAAAUAAAUAGUAAGUGCUGACCCAAAGCAAUAAGAAAAGUUAGAAUCAGACGGAAAACCUUUCUAAUGAAAGUCAAGUCGUGUGCAUUAUUUGCGUAUAAAACAGUGUGCAAAAAAAUUCCAUAGAAAAAAACCCGCGGCACAGGCUUGUAGUCAGGUGUUGUAGCCAUUCUGUUGUGCGCGGAAGUGGUACAAGCGAAGUGAAAUUGGAGCAUCACUUUUUGUUUAAAAUUAAUUCGCAAAUUUUCAGUGUGAUAACUUCAUAAUAGAAUUAUUGAAAUUUCCGAAACUACAGAUAUUGCAGUGCAUAUUUUUAAAAUAUACAGCUUGCAUUCGAAGACACAAAAAACUGGCUUACAAGAGGGUCCAUUCCUAAUUCAAAAAAAAUAUAUACCAAUCAAAGAUAUUAUCGGAAAUCAGUACGGAUUCAAUUUAUCGGAGAAAAUCGAGUUAUAUAACUGGAUUGGUAACUAUAAUGGUGGAUAAAGACGAAGAGAAGAAUAUUGUAACAAACAAUAUAACCCAGAACCAGGAUCAGAAUAAGAUUUCGUAUAAGGCUCAUAAUUCAUCAUCAUCCUCUUUUCAAAACUCCACAAAUGUAGCUACAAAUUCUGGAGCAACAUGCAGUCAGAGCACAGCGAAUACAUCUCACUUGGUAGGCAGUCAUAACCAUCCAAAAUUGAUACCCAUUCAGAGUGUACUAAACACCACCGACUCACACCAUCAGAAUCCUACCCCAUCGAGUCAUCAAACUAAAUGCCAUGAUAAUACGACAUCAGCAUCGUUCCCACAAUUUCUUACCAGUGGUGGUAAUGCCCACGCUCAAGUGGCCACUGAGUUGCCACAAGAAGACGAGGAAAGGUUGGAGAAGCUGUUCAAGCGCCUUGAUCGAGAUGGAAACGGGCGAAUAGAUAUUCAUGAUCUUUCUGAAGCAUUGCGCGAGUUUGGCCUUUCAAGUGUCUACGCUGAGAAAUUUCUGGAGCAAUCAGAUAUAAAUCAAAGUGGCGAUGUCGGGCUUGCAGAAUUUGUUUUCUAUGUGCGGGAACACGAAAAGAAUUUACGGCUUCAGUUUUCGCAUUUGGAUAAAAAUAAAGAUGGUACCGUGGACUUAGAAGAACUAAUAGACGCUUUCAAGGAUUUGGGAAUAGAAGUUGACCCGGAAGAGGCAACGAAUCUACUGUCACGAAUGGAUCAAGACGGCAGUUUAAAUAUUAGCUUUAAUGAAUGGCGUGAUUUCUUAUUGCUGGCACCAUCCACUGACAUUCACGAUUUGAUAAAAUUCUGGCGGCAUUCUACUUACCUUGACAUUGGUGAAGAUUUAAAUGUACCUGACGAUUUCACGCAAAGUGAAAUGCAAACCGGCAUGUGGUGGCGUCACUUGGCUGCCGGGGGUGUUGCGGGUGCAGUGUCGCGCACAUGCACAGCUCCAUUAGAUAGAAUAAAAGUGUUCUUGCAGGUUCAAACACAUAAAACCGGAAUCUCUGAUAGUUUAAAGUACAUGCUGCAUGAAGGAGGCACCCGCAGUAUGUGGCGUGGCAAUGGCAUUAACGUUUUAAAAAUUGCCCCCGAGAGUGCGAUUAAGUUUGCAGCCUAUGAGAAAAUUAAGCGCCUAAUCCGGGGCGACGAAAAGCGCCAGAUGACGAUCGGGGAACGCUUCAUGGCGGGUGCAGCGGCGGGUGGUAUUUCACAAACUGCCAUAUAUCCAAUGGAAGUAUUAAAAACCCGUCUAGCAUUGCGUAAAACCGGCCAGUAUACCGGUAUUGUGGACGCUGCGAAGAAAAUCUAUUUACAAGAGGGUGUACGAAGCUUUUAUCGUGGUUACAUUCCGAAUAUGUUGGGCAUUAUUCCUUAUGCAGGCAUUGAUCUGGCAGUAUACGAAACUUUGAAAAAAAAGUAUUUGAGCAGCCACAAUACGGAACAACCAAGCUUUCUGGUGCUGUUGGCUUGCGGCAGUGCAUCCAGCACGUUGGGACAAGUGUGCUCCUACCCAUUGGCGCUAGUACGAACACGACUUCAAGCUCAAGUUGUCACGAAAAAUAUGCAACCAGCUCUGGGAAUACCACUAAAGCAAAGGAGUUCAAUCAACGAUGACAACAUGUUCGGUGUGUUUCGUAAGAUUAUACACAAUGAAGGCGUAUUUGGCUUGUACCGCGGCAUUACACCAAAUUUUAUAAAAGUGCUACCCGCAGUGUCCAUAAGCUAUGUGGUGUACGAAUAUUCAAGCCGUGCUUUAGGUGUGAAUAUGACGUGAUCCCUCUACCUUAAGAUCAGUGUAAAGAUUUUAGUGGUAUUAUAUAUCGCCGGCUCAGAAGCCUUUGUGAAUGCUCUAGCACUCUAUUGUACUGUUGUAUUUUUACUCCCAGUCUCUGCCUAUAAUUAAAUGCUACAUUUGUAUAUUUCAUUUUUUCUGAUAGUAAUAUUGUAGUGAUAAUUUAGCAAAGAUGCUCCGCGUGAUACUAAUUGCUAAUUAAUAAACAAAUUGCGAAAAGAAAAAAUGAGGGAAAAAAUGAAACAAUGAAAAAAGAAUGAGAGUCGUUGACUUAAAUAUAAUAUAUAAUUUAGUUUAUAUAAACCUAAUGUAAUAUAAUAAUAGAUCAUAGAUUAUAUACAUAUGUAAUGCUAAAUAUUUAUUUCUAUCCUAUUUUUUACAAAAACGAAUAUAUGCAAACAGAACACAAUGAACAGAUGUAUGUACAUUCUAGAUUUUAAUUUAUUAUUUAUUUAAAUUAAAAUUGGCGCAUAUAAGUGAAAAUGUUUAGGUAUAUUUGUACGCAGUAUGUAUGUUAUUAUGUAAUCCUUUUUAAAUAAAGAACACCAAAAGAGAAUGCAGUUCUUUUUCGUAAGGUAUUUUAUGAUUGGCAAAAAUAACUAACAAAGCAACAUUUUCAGACGAUUGAUCCAUUUUUACAUACACAUCCUAUAUAUAUAUAUGAUAUACAUAUACAACUACUAACAACUUUAGGCUAAGUGGAUGGCUGCAGAGAGCAGCUCCCAUUUGGGCUGAUUCAUGUAUAUUAAAAUCUUUAAGGUAGUUGAAUUUAAUAACUUAUUUAGCAUUGCUAUGGAAAAAAUAUACAUACUUUUGAGGCUGCAGUUAUAAAACAUCGCAAUAAGUCUAACUUCUUAAUAUAAAGAACUGAAAAGAUGUAUAAGUUUAAGAAAUCACUUCAAUCAAAACUAAAACAAGCAUACAUACAUACAUACAUAGUUAUAAUAGCAAACAAAUGACGAGAUUAUUGUAGAAUAUUUUUUAUGGUAAAUUAUCAUAGAGGAUUUCACAAAUCGGUAAAAUUUAUUAUCAUAUGGAAUGUAGAUAAAAGUUACAACAAUUACCAAUUCAAUGUGUCUAAACAUAUUUUUAUAUCUAGCCUUUGAUUAUGCCAAACUGCAUUUGUAUUUAUUGAUUUCAUAUAUCAUAUCUUAAUACUACUGUGCAGGUGCGAUUUCUAAAUGAGAAGCUAUCUUUUUAAAUACCAAUAGCGUAAUUUUAAGCAUGUUUUCUCUGUUUGACUUAUUUGUUUGUGAUUUACGCAGGACUCAACUUUCAAAUAAAUUAAAAGUUUAAUUGUUUAAAAAUAAA